CAUAAUGGCCUCAUCACUGACAAUAAUGCUUGAAUAUUAGCACAGCUUUGACAAAGCUAGCUUAGCUUUACUAUGGACACAGCACUUGGCCAUUGUCUCGCCCAAAGUCAGCAGACUAUUAUAAACGUUAUUACAGUUAAACUAACCAGUUAAUUGGUGUCGGAAUGGGGUUUAGGUUGUUGCGUAAUUCCGUGUAUUAACCCAGCGUCUCUUUGUGGCUAAAAUAACAUACCUCCAGGCUUGCCUGUGGAUGAAGAGCUAGCCAGAUGUUGUAGCUGCUGUUUCCUCAAAGUCAACUUUAGAUGCACCUUUGUACUUCGGAGGAUAAGUUUAUUAUAAAGUCUACUUUAGUACUCUGUUUGAGAUACUUCUCAGUCCUACCUAACACCCAGUGCUCCCUUAAUGGUGAUGGACAUGAGCUGAUAUGGAACAGCCUUCUGACAACUCAGAUGGUUUACAGCCUCAGGAACUCUCCACCUCCGCCUGCAGCCUUCCUCACGUUUUUGACCUGACGAAGAACGGCGAAGAAUGUCUGUUGAAAGCCAACUCGAUAGAGGCCUUGCAUGUUGUCCAGCCGCCAGGGUGGUACCUGAGUUCCGGGACCAGCAACGGGUCAGUGCUUCCAGAAGAAGACACUGAUCCAUCACUUCAGCCCAGUGAGCAGAUCCAACCAGACAAUGCGCUUUCCAACACAACAGUUACCCUCUCGUAUGUGACCAGGUCCCAUGUGUUUUCUGCCCAUGACUCACUCUCGCAACAUUCACAGAUUUACAGUGUUCCAAUAAGCAAGGCGUUUUCUCUACACCCCACUGCGUAUGAUGCUAGCCAGCUGGUCACCGAUCCAGGUGGAGCGCCGCUCUGUGUGGAAAUGGACCAACACUGCCUGCAGCAGGUCGCCAUGCCUGUCAGCUUAGCCACCUGCACCAGUUCCUUCGAUUUUGUCACGCCAGCACAGGUUUCAGAGAACGUUGCAAGUCUCUGUCUUCUUCAGCAGGCACACAACAUCAGUGGUAUACAAGAUGUCGAGAGCCUUGCUCUGGAGACGCUCAGAUCAUUACAACAGAACAAUCCGACUGAAUGCAAGAUUCCUCUCAACCUGGAAGAAAUUCAGAACGGCGCUGUUGGCAGCUUGUGGAACGCAGGAUCCAUUGAUGGGAGCUUUCCAGCUGGCCAUGUUGAGAAUAUAGUGGAUCAGCACAAGAACGGCAACCCAGAGGUACUUUUCCUGAUCUCCAGAACCAACGAACCAGUUAUUUUACCGACCGAUCAGGAGCCGGCAGGCCUUGCUGUCACACUAAAUCACGAGUUUAUAAGUGCACUGGAAGAUUCCAUUUCUCCCUCUUUCGCCUCACUGAUAGGGGUAAAGGAUGUUUCCAUUCUGCCCCAGACCGCUGUACCCCAAAGUGAAGAGAACUCGCUUGCUGAAGAAACUAACAUUAGGCAAGAUGAAUUAAGUAAUGUGGAAUCCGACCCUCUCACGAGCGUGGAAGAGAGAGAUUCGUCAUCUGCCGCAGAUGCAUUAAGUACCACCAUUAGCAGUGAACUAACAGACAAUGAUGUAUCCAGGACAGAACAGUCUGAAUCGAGCAGGGCAUUAGCUGAGGUACAGAAAGGGGAGACACAUGAACAUAAUGUGACACAUAAGAAAACACAAACUAAACGCUUGCUUGCCAAAAACCAAACACUAGUAAGAAAAGAACUUCCUCCAAGAAGUAGAAGAGGGAUGAGGUUAGAGGCUAUUGUUCAGAAUAUCUUCCCUUCCAGGUACAAAUCCAGUCAUGUCUCAUCUGCAAAGAAAUGUCAGCGUUCUGACGCCCAGCCGGAUGAGACCACUCAUCUGGGACCUAGCCAAGAUGUGUCAUUUGGCAACAACAACAGCAACGUUUUAGAGGAGGAAUGUCCUCCGAAGGUUGGGACUGAAACUAAUGAAAAGACAGCUCAAUUACAGGAAGUGACAGAAGAAACAGAUGUCGCUGAUCCAAGCAAAAUAUCUACCUCAUGUUCCAGAACUGUUUCAAAACAUUCACUAGCUAUCCCAUCCCCAGGGAUGUCACACAAACCUAUUAAAUCUGUCAAGAAAUCAAAGAAACGACAGAGUUUUUCAAACACUUCUCCAGUAAGGGUAGGAAAAAGGACAACACUGCCUAGAUCCAAACAUACAAAAAGCCCUUUAAAGCAAUGUGUUUCAUCUACGAGCGGCAAAAGUCCAGCAAAAGUACUGAAAAAAGUUACCACACCGCCUAAAAAGAAAAGGAAAAAGCAUAAAGCGGGGCAGUCUUCCAUGUUCUCUCCGAGGGAACCUGAAAUAAUGCUCAAAUACGUCAGCUAUAAAGAGGAGAAAAGGGAAAAGAGGGACGAGACCUUCUCACCUUUCAUACAUGUAGAAGUGAAAGCAUAUCCUACCUGUACAGUAAUCAACUACCCUGAUGAGAGUGCCAGGCUGAGCCGAGGGAAGCGGCCUACAACGGUCACGUCUGGAAAAAUCCCCACUACACCAUGUCUGCAGUACAGCCGCGUCUCCACGGAGGGCACGCGCUGGGACGCUCUUGUGUGCUGCCUUUGCGGAGCCUCUGCGAACGCUAUGGACCUGGGUGAUUUGCAUGGACCGUACUAUCCUGAGGGUUUCAGACCUGAAGCAAAGCUGCCUACUAACCCACAGGAGCCGAGAGAUGACGACUCCAGUGACUCUGAUUCAUCGAGCAAUCAGACUCGAAAGCCACGUCACAAGCUGCAGGCAGCUGCUCUAGGGCCUUAUCAAAGGUGGAGCAGUGACGGUGAGCUUUCCUGCAGCCGUGCAGCUAAGAGAUCCAGAACGGACACUGUGACAGACUGGUAUGCCCCACCCGUAGUGCCCUUAGAAGCCAGCGAGUACUGGCUCCACGAGGACUGUGGCACAUGGUCAGCUGGGGUCUUUCUCGUGAGAGGGAAGCUUUACGGGCUAGAGAGAGCCAUUAAGAUGGCAAAGGAGACGAUUUGCUCCUCUUGCCAUAAAAUGGGUGCCACACUGGGCUGCUUUUUCAAAGGCUGCCCUAACAAGUAUCACUACAUAUGUGCAAUGCAGUCAGGUUGUGUCUUAUAUGAGGAAAACUUCUCGAUGAAAUGCCGAAAGCACAAGAACAAAUCCAUCAAGGGUUUAUCAUCUAACAAGCAGAACAACAGGUGACAGGGAAGAGGACGCUGCACAAGGAUCCAGAAUCCCGUCUGAGGUUCAGCCACUAUUCUGCCACAGCAACUGACAGAAAAGCUUCUCUGGGACUCAGACACCACAUACCUUAAUGCUUUCUCCUGCCGUUUCACUGUCACUAACUUCUCUUCCAAACGUCAGACUGACUUCAAACACGGCAACAGCUUCUGAACGUUUGCCACUGUUUACAGAUGAAAAGAUCCUCAGUGAAGUAUCCUUCAAGACAAUGGGAUGUAAUCUAGUACUAGACUGACACUCGCGCUCUCUCUCUCUCUCUCUCUCUCUCUCUCUCUCUCUCUCUCUCUCUCUCUCUCUCCUCUGUCUCUCUCUCUCUCUCUCUCUCUCCUCUCUCACUCACUCUCUCUUCUCUGUCUCACAGUCACUCUCCUCUGUCUCACUGUGUCUCUCUCUCUCUCUCUCUCCUCUCUCUCACUCACUCUCUCUUCUCUGUCUCACAGUCACUCUCCUCUGUCUCACUGUGUCUCUCUCUCUCUCCCCUCUGUCUCACUCGCUGUCUCUCUCCUCUGUCUCACUCGCUCUUUCUCUCUCUCUCUCUCUCUCUCUCUCUCUCUCUCUCUCUCUCCCCUCUCUCACCUGCUGUCUCUCUCUCUCUCACUCGCUGUCUGUCUUUCCUCUCUCACUCGCUCUUCCUCUCUCUCUCUGUCUCUCUCUCUCUCCUCUGUCUCUUUCGCUGUCUGUCUCUCCUCUGUCUCACUCGUUGUCUCUCUCUCCUCUGUCUCACUUGCUCUUUCUCUCUCUCUCUCUCUCUCUCUCUCUCCUCUGUCUCACUCACUGUCUGUCUCUCCUCUGUCUCACUCGCUCUUUCUCUCUCUCUCUCCUGUCUCACUCGCUCUUUCUCUCUCUCUCUCUCUCCUCUGUCUCUCUCGCUGUCUGUCUCUCCUCUGUCUCAUGCGCUGUCUCUCUCUCCUCUGUCUCACUCGCUUUCUCUCUCUCCCUCCCUCUGUCUCACUCACUCUCUCUCUCUUUCUCUCUCUGGGAGGAUUUGCUCUACAAGUAAUAAAGAGCAUAAACCAUUGGAAUAAAUUGCACAUUUAUAGGGCUGAAAGCGUAAGCCGUAUCUGCUCAAUCUAACAGCACAAAGCCAAUCUACUAACAAUAUAAUGAAUUCAUGGACUUUGUAGUGUAAUCAUCUGAAACUUAUUUAUUACAUUUGGGUUCAAUUCAAUUGUAAGCUUUCAGCUUUUUGAGCUGAAAGUGUACGUGUUAAUUUAAGAAAACAAAAACAAAUCUGGCUCCUCAGUGGAAUUUUUAUAAACUUUGUGAAAGCCAAUCCAAGGCAGCAGAUCAGUCAUCAGCAUGACAGACAUCAUCUGUUGGAUAUCAGUGUGGUAGUCGGCUGUCCUGUAUCACUCGUUUGCAACCAUUUUUAUUCUUUUUUUGUUGUGCGUGAGUCAUUCUCUGUCUUUUUGGUAUUUGUGAAUUCAUUUGUUUCUUCAAGUCUAAAAUGAGGGAACUUCACGUAAAGGCACUCAUCAUGUGUAUGUUUAAGCCUGUAUCCCACACCGGGGUAAGAGUAUUGUCCUAAAUUCUUCAAGCCCCAUACCCUCUGGUCCCAGCACUCCUGGAAAUAAAAACAUAAUGAAAUAGUACUGGCAAUAAUGCUAUUUGUUAUUUUGGCACUAUGCAACUAAUACCAUUAGUAUGUGCAACUAAUAAGCGGUGAGCUGUGUACUGUUAAAUGGUACCAAUCAGCAAACUUUGGCAUAAUGUACGAUAAUGCAAUCGCCAGUUAUUGUACCUUAAUAUUGAUUAAAAUGGAAGGAGCACUUUGCUCAAAAUGUCUGGCUUUGACGAAAAAAAAUCGUUCCACGCGUAUGCGUAGAUCACGUGUAGCGACGUUCCCGUCGAACGCGUACCGUACGUUGUAACCGUCAGAUCUGUAUCGCUACGACAAAUCACGACAAACGAUCUACGAGGUCAGCCUUGUCUUCGAGGUGAAAUUUACACGUUCCCUUGUACAGUAUAUGAAGGCGUGUAUCAGCUAUAUCUCUCUGACCACAGGAAAGCAAUCCUGCAGCGUUGUUCUUGACCACCUGACAUCACUCCAUGUCGCGUGCCAUCUUCCUCUUCAGCUAUUUCCUCUUUGUAUUCCUGCAAAUGUCAUUUGUUUUAACUGGUGUUGAGCUUUAUAUUACCGCACAACCAUGCAACCAAAAAUUACCAAAUAUGUGCUCAUUUUGUUUGUGUUGAUUUUUUUUUUUUUUCAUUGUAGCCUGUAUUUUAAGAUCCUAUUCUCAGGGUUGAGCCUUACAUUCUCUGUCAUGUUUCUACUCCCGAAUUUAUUUAUCCAGGACUGACUACUAGAACACUCAGUCAGCGCUAAAUAAUAAAUUGGCUUCUUUUAUUUUCUCAAACGCA